AUGCCAACCCUGUGGAACCUGCUAACCAUAUUUCUGUUGACGCUCUUGUCCUUCGUUCUUGCAACGACUUCCAACCUUAUCGUCGGCGGUAGGUUGAUUCCCAUCACCGAGGCACCAUAUCAGGCGGCGAUCUACAUUACGGGAUCACUUCACUGUGGAGGAGUGGUCAUAGCACCUCGCUGGAUCCUCACGGCAGGACACUGUGUUGUCUAUGUUGGUGGUGGUACAAUAGAAGCGAACCAAUUCAUCGUCCGAUACGGAACCGACAAUGCUAAUGUGGAUGGAGAAAUGGAUGCCUUCGUGGUAGCUAUAUUCGUGCAUCCAGAAUUCACUAGAAAGCCUCUGGACUACGACGUCGCCCUGAUGAAGAUGAGUGUGUCUCAUGAAGUCCAGUUUUCCGAUCGGGUACGCUGCAUACGGAUGGCGCCGCCGGGAACUCCCGUCGUAGCAGGCGAUACAGUGUUUGUCUCUGGGUACGGUCGAAUUGAUCCUACAAUAUCCUCACCUACCGAUGACGACCAUCUACUGCGUGCCGUCGAAGUAACUGUCGUUGAUCGCACGGAGUGUCGGAGUCAGUAUCCUGAAGGCGCAAUCUCAGUGACGGAUACUAUGUUCUGCGCAAGCGCGCCGGGAAAAGAUGCCUGUGUCUACGAUUCGGGAGGACCGGCCGUUCAUGAUGGACAGCUCGUUGGAUUGAUCUCGCACGGAGCAGGUUGUGCGGAUGCGUCCUUCCCUGGAGUUUACACACUGGUUUCUGCGGUGCGUGACUGGAUCGAUGAAAUUAUCGCAAGCAAUACUGGGGACGAUCCAUCGGACGGGCAAUGCGAAUAA